AGAACAUUAAAUUUCUAUUUUGCCCCUAAAAUCCUUCCACCUUCUGCCACAUCGACUCCAGUAAACUUUCUUUGCGAGACUUGAAAUUUUGGGAGAAUGAAAAAAUUCCCAAAAAUUGAAUUAGGGUUUAGACUUUAGACUGGAAAUUUCAUUUCCCAUUAAAAAUUCCACCUUUUGAUUCAAACUAUCUGAAAUUCCAACACAUUUAUUCAUCAAAAUCACAUAUUCUCUGGUUUUGCCCCUUUGGAAUGAUAGCAUGACUAGGCAAUCCAAGCGGCGGCACGGCCGCGAUCGAUCUCCAUCGCCACUGUCAUCGAAGAAGCACCACCACCAGCACCGUAGCCACGGCAAGAGCCCCCAACGCCAAAUUCACGAUGUGGGUAAGCAGCAGCGCCCGAAUUUUAUUUCAUAUCUAGAUUCCCCAAAUUUACCCUCAAAAAUCAAAUUAAUCUGUGAAAUUGUGGCAAACACCCCAUCUUUAUCAGUCGAGAAACUUCUAGAUGACAAUAGUAUAAGGGUAUCUCAGGAAGAUGUUGAGCAAGUUUUGAAAUUAUCGUAUGGUUAUCCUGCUUCUGCUGUCAAGUUCUUUAGGUGGGCAGGGUACCAAUUGAAUGAUAGGCAUACCCCUUAUGCUUGGAAUUUAGUUGUAGAUUUGUUAGGGAAGAAUUCAUUGUUUGAUGCAAUGUGGGAUGCAAUCAAGUCAAUGAAGGAAGAAGGGAUUCUUUCUUUGGCCACUUUUGCCUCAGUUUUCAGUAGUUAUGUGUUAGGGGGUCGGGUUGAGGAGACAUUCAUGACUUUUGAGGUUAUGGAUCAGUAUGGUAUUCCGAGAGACAUUGUUGCAUUGAACUCUCUUCUGAGUGCGAUUUGUAGGGAUGGGAAAGCGGAGAAAGCAGACGAGUUUUUGAGGAUUGCGAAGGAUAAGAUAAAACCGGAUUCUGAUUCGUUUGCGAUUUUGUUAGAGGGGUGGGAGAAUGAAGGGAAUGUAGGUGGUGCUAAGAGGACUUUUGGUGAGAUGGUAGUGGAGAUUGGUUGGGACCCGAGAAAUGUACCGGCUUAUGACUCGUUUUUGUGCACAUUGAUCAAGUCCCCGAGUGGAUUUCACGAGGCGUUGAAGUUCUUGAACACGAUGAAGGAGAGGAGGUGUUCACCCGGGGUGAAGUUUUUCGGGUUUGCGUUGGAGGAUUGUGUGAGGAAGAGUGAUGCCCGUGGUGCGGCCUUGUUAUGGGAAGCAAUGACGGUUAGGAGCGAUUUUAGGCCCGACACUCAAAUGUACAAUAUGAUGAUUUCUUUGCAUUCACAUCUUGCUAAUUUUGAUAUAGCUAGAAGGUAUUUGGAUGAGAUGGUUUGUGAUGGUGUUUUCCCGGAUUCAAAGAGUUAUAAUACUUUGUUUCAGUGCCUAAUCAAGAGUCGGAAACUUAUUGAGCUUUCAUCUGUGUUUACUGAGAUGGUGAAGAAUGAGUGUUUGCCAACCCAGGUGAAUUGCAUUGAUGCUGUCAGGCUAAAUUUGGAUUCUGGGGACCCGUACAUGGCUAUUAAGAUCUGGAAAUUCAUGAUUGAGAAUUAUCAGUCUGAUUUGGAAGAGACUGGUAAUUUUUUGGUUUCAGGGCUUCGUGACUGCAAUAGAGUUCAGGAGGCGGUUAAGUAUGCUGAAGACAUGAUUGACCGAAAGAUAAAGUUAGGUUCUUCAACGCUGUCCAAAUUGAAACAAAGUCUUGUAAAAGCAGGAAAAGGUCCUGUUUAUGAUGAGCUGUUAAGGAAGUGGAAACUUCGUUAGGUUGCACAUCAGUCUCUGAACUGCAAUGGAGUCCAAAGGUUCAUCUUUGGCUUUCGAUCAAGAUUUUGUUUGAAGCAGCUUCUUUGUUGUUGCAACAUUAUGGUUUGCAUACACUGGGAUCAUUUUUUUCUGCUUGUGUUGAUGUCAUACUCAGUUGUUGAUGUGAUUGAACAAGGAUAAAGUUCAAUAUCGUAAACGCAGAAUCUAACACUCAUUUGUUGUUUUCUCCAAAUAUAUUUCUGAAACUACAGCAUGUACUCAGAAUCAGAACUGUACAAUGAAUCUAAUUUUUCUCUUGUUAUUUUUCCAUUCUCAUUUUAAAUUUAGUGGGGGUUUUUGCUCA